AUGGCUUGGGACUGCUAUGAUAUUUUUUGCCACUUUCCAUGGUGCAAGCACUUUGUUCAUUUGGGGGGUCAGCCACUUUAUCCAGGAGGAGUCACAGAUAUGGGAAUGGCAGAAAACCGGGCGGAUAUACCUUGCAGGGGAGAUCUGUCUGGUCACAGGGUUAGUGAUUUGGAUCACAUCAUUUCCUCAAAUACGGAGAAAACAGUUUGA